AUCUGCAGGAAUAAAAAACACAAAGAGAGAUACAAAAAAAUAAGGGACACAGAGGAGGACUCCCAAAUCUGUGCCUCCAAUCUGUGCUACCGGAGACUCUUUAUCUAUUUAGGUCAGCCAGCUUGAAAGGGAUCUUUUGGAGGGUGUAGGGGAGUGAGUGCCAGUGUGCGUGUUUCCCUUUUAGAGUAGGGGCCUGCCCUGGGCACUGAGGCCAUGAGGCCCAAGACUUUUCCAGCUGCCCCGUAUGUGGGCAACACACGCCAGAGGCUUCAGGAGAUCAAGGAGGGUCUGAAGCAGCCGGCCAAGCUGAUGAGCCAGGCCCUGCACGGGGGCAGCUCCCGGACAGAGGGCGGCAGAGGGGCCGACUGCAAGAGUGGGAAAGACACAGCCAGCCGACAGCAGCAGCUCCGACCCCCGCAGAAGUUCAACAACUACCAGAGUGCCCUGCGGGAAAUCCGCAAGUCCCUCAUGCCCUUUGCCAAUGAGUCGGGCCCAUCUUCUGGGUCAGGACACCCUGCAGGCGCUGGGGAGGUCAACCGGCAGAUGCUGCAGGAGCUGGUCAACGCCGGCUGUGAUCAGGAGAUGGCGGUGCGGGCACUGAAGCAGACCGGAAGUAGGAACAUCGAAGCGGCCUUAGAGUACAUCAGCAAAAUGGGGUACCUUGACCCUCACAAUGAGCUCAUUGUCCGUGUCAUCAAGCAGACUUCACCAGGAAAAGCUGGCAUGCCAAACUCAAUGGACCACCGACCUGCAUUAGAGGUUUCAGGUGAGGCGGGUCCCAUGCCUCCGUACCACCAGAUGGGAGCUCCCAUGUAUGAGGGGGCAGGUGGAUAUGGCCCUGAGGGUGAGAUGCCCAGACCCUACAUGAGCGCUCCCCCUGUAAUGAACUACAUGAUGCCCCCGUCUGGUGCAGCACAGGGCCCUGCAAUGGGAAACCCAAUGGGUCGCCCUCCCAGUAUGGGCAGCUAUCCACCAGUAAGCAACCCAGCCAACACCAUGUACCCUCCAGGGGCCCAGCAGAAGGGCUACCCUGGCAGUAUGGAGCAGCACGGGCCCAUGAUGAGCUACAAUGUCCCUGGCCAGCCUCUGCAGCUCCAGUCUCAGCCACCAGGGGGCCCUGUCCCAGGCCCCCACUAUGACUACGGCCAUGCCAGGCCGCACAUGAUGGAGCCUGCAGCCUAUGGAGUCAAGAGGACUGCCUCCUUCCAGAACAAGAUGGCACCGCCCCCCAUGGCGCCCCCAGAUAACUAUGUCAACAUGCAGGGGAAAGGGGCCAUGGGCCAGAACGGUCCGGGAGGAGGAGGGGGAGGGUACCCAGCUAACCUGUACCUGCCCCCGCAUUCCCACCCACGCCAGGCCAGCCCCACCUCCCACCAGGUCCACAUGAUGUCCCGAUCCCCAGGUGGGGUGGCAGCCAUGGGCCCUGACUUCUCCGAUAUGCCCCAGGGCUUGAUGACACCAUCCAGGGCCAGCCUCAACCUGGACCUGUAUGAGCACCACUGGGCGGGACCUCCAGGUCCUGAAGGGGCCCCUCCAGCCAGGCAACCCCAGCCCCAGGGCCCAUUCAGGGGGGAGGUGCGCGUCCCCAGCAGAACCAACUCCUUCAACAGUCGCUCUGCGGGGCCCAAUGGUAUCCGGCCUGCUAUGGCUGCACCCCCCACAUCUGGCAAACAGGACCCCUCCUUGGGCCCUCCGAACACCAUCACGGCUGUAACAUCCCCACCCAUCCAACAGCCAGUCAAGAGUAUCCGUGUGAUGAGGCCAGAGCCCAAGACGGCUGUGGGACCAUGUCACCCCGGCUGGAUGACUGCUCAGGCCCAGGACGUAGCAGAACCCCUGGCCUACAUGCCAGAGGAGACCUACUCUCUUGAGCCUGCUCAGGAGCCACGCUGCCCACCACCACCUUACCCCAAAAACCUGCUCAUGUCUGGGGCAACUGGCGAGCCAGGGGCCAUGGAAGGACCCGGAGCCAUGUGUGGAGCUCAGGACCUUUGCAACCCUGCUGCCAGAAGCACACAUGGUGGCAGUGGAGGGAGCGGAAAGGCAGAGGAGAGCCAGCAGGUGAAAGAGAAGACAAAGAUGGGCAAGGGAGAAAAAACAGUGAAAGACAAGAAGCAGAUUCAGACGUCACCUGUUCCGGUGAGGAAGAAUGGACGUGAUGAGGAGAAGAGAGAGUCACGCAUCAAGACCUACUCACCUUUCGCUUUCAAGUUCUACAUGGAACAGCAUAUAGAGAAUGUGAUGAAGACCCACCAGCAGAAACUGAACCGUAGGCUUCAGCUGGAACAAGAGAUGUCCAAGGCUGGCCUAUCGGAAGCAGAGCAGGAACAGAUGAGGAAGAUGCUGAACCAGAAAGAGUCCAACUACAACAGGCUACGCCGUGCCAAAAUGGACAAGUCCAUGUUUGUCAAAAUUAAGACGUUGGGCAUAGGUGCCUUUGGUGAAGUCUGUCUUACGCGUAAGGUGGACACCGGUGCACUUUAUGCCAUGAAAACACUGCGCAAGAAAGAUGUCCUCAACCGCAACCAGGUGGCCCAUGUGAAAGCAGAGCGUGACAUCCUGGCGGAGGCAGACAACGAGUGGGUGGUACGUCUCUACUACUCCUUCCAGGACCGCGACAGCCUCUACUUUGUCAUGGACUACAUCCCCGGAGGAGACAUGAUGAGCCUGCUCAUCCGAAUGGGCGUCUUCCCCGAACCUCUGGCACGCUUCUACGUGGCGGAGCUGACACUGGCCAUCGAGAGCGUUCACAAGAUGGGCUUCAUCCACCGCGACAUCAAGCCUGACAACAUCCUCAUUGACCUGGAUGGACACAUCAAGCUGACGGACUUUGGCCUGUGCACGGGCUUCCGCUGGACGCACAACUCCAAGUACUACCAGAAAGGGAGCCACGUCAGACAGGACAGCAUGGAGCCCAGUGACUUCUGGGACGACGUGUCUAACUGCCGCUGCGGCGACCGGCUGAUGACACUGGAGCAGCGCGCCAACCGGCAGCACCAGCGCUGCCUGGCUCACUCCCUGGUCGGAACACCUAACUACAUCGCACCAGAGGUGCUGCUGCGCAAAGGGUACACCCAGCUGUGUGACUGGUGGAGCGUGGGAGUGAUCCUGUUUGAGAUGCUGGUGGGACAACCGCCCUUUCUGGCCCCCACACCUACAGAGACUCAGAUUAAGGUCAUUAACUGGGAGAGCACACUGCAGGUGCCUGCCCAGGUCAAACUGAGCCCUGAGGCCGUCGACAUCAUCGGCCGUCUCUGCUGCUCCGCAGAGGAUCGUGUUGGUGCUAAUGGCGCCGGCGAGAUCAAGGCUCACCCCUUCUUCGCCCAGAUGGACUUCUCCAGCAAUCUGCGGCAGCAACCAGCCCCCUACCGGCCCAAGAUCGCCCACCCGAUGGACACAUCCAACUUUGACCCCGUGGAGGAGGAGGGCGGCCCUGGGGCGUGGAGUGACAGCGGGGACAGCACACGCGCCUUGGACAUGCUCUGCUCCCCGCAUGGGAAGCACCCAGAGCACGCUUUCUACGAGUUCACCUUCCGCAGAUUCUUCGACGACAACGGUUGCCCCUUCCGCUACCCUAAACCGCUUGAGGCCAGCGAUGGGCCACCAAGCAUCACCGGAGCCACCUGCAUGGGCCCAGAAGAGGAGGAGGAACAAGAAGAGGAGGAGGAGGAAGAGGACGAUGAAGAGGAGGAGGGAGAGCAGGGGGAGGGAUGUGAACCGGUGUACGUCUAGAGCUGCAGACUGACAGGCUUCCUGAGCGACGUGUGUCUAUUACUGCCAAUUAAUGCUCAUCAUUCAGCUCAUGACCCUCCCACCUGCCACUGCUCUUCUUCUGCGUAUGUGUCUGUGUGUAGAGGUGUGCAUGCUACACAGGUGUGUCUGUGUGUGUUUAUGCAUAUCAGGUGUGAUUGUUAAGUUGCAGGAGCAGGAUUGAUGAACAUCGCCACCUUGUGGAAUCUAUAGUGCGUCCACAAUGACUUCAAAUACAAAACUCCCCUGAUCCGGGACCAAAAAACAACAUUCUGUAUGUGACUGACUGCAUCAAGGGUGAAGCAUAUGCGGUUACAAGAGCGAGACUCAGAAACUGUACAGGUUGAAAGGAGGUAGUUAAUAUUCUUGGGAAUGUAAGGAUGUCUGAAUCACAGACAAGAUUUCUAAUUCGAGGACUGCUUCUGGUUCUUCCAGCGGUUUCUUGUCCCAUUCCUUCCACCCUUGUGUCUUACGGACGACGAAACACCUCCACGGUGAGCGUGGGACACUUCCUGUUCUACCUGAGCUGCUUUACACUCGAAUAUUGGACAGGGCGAUGUGAAGAGUGGAACCAGUAUACUCGUUGAUCGCAGGGAGGGGACUGAAUAAGCAACACGCCUAUUUCACAGCUGCUGCAAAAUAAGCUACAAAGACACAUGCAUGCACAUGCACACACUCACGCACACUUAUCCAGUACAGGUUUUGCUCAGUCAUAAAGGGUGAAAAAGUUCUCUGCAGGUAGAUUUCAUUGUCCAUAUUGACGUUUCAAGAAGUUGGCUCAGACUAGAUGGACGAACAAAGUCUUCCAGAUUCCUCUGAUGAGCAUUCACCCACAGAGAAACUGUUUAGCAGCCAUCUUGUGGUGUGAGAGAGAAAAUGCGUCGUAUUUUGCAGCAUUCAGUUUUCAAAUUCGAUAUAUUACUUUGUCUACAGUUUAAAUUUCUACAAUUGUAACAGAUCAAAUUUCAAAAAUUUGACUCAAUUUAACCAAACAAAAUAUUUUUGGUUGCUUCAUCAAUCAUAUAUAUCUGCAACUGCCUCAUUUUGUGCCAGCUGUAGUUUGGUAUAAUGUUUUGUCCUAAAGAUGGAGUCUGAUCCUUCAUCCCUCAGAUGUUGCUGUUACAAAUAUCCUUGUGUUUAAAAAAUGUUUCCUGUUACCGAUUCUCUAUCCUAACUGACCAUUUCAAAGCUCACCUCCAAAAAAUGCUUAACCUACACAGGCACAAAGAGCAUGUGUAGAGUUUGUAUGGGGCUCUAGAAAUCAAGCCUGAUUCUGUUUUCGCCCGAUCCAAGACUAAACCACUGUGGCAUUUAUUGAGCCCAAGCAUGAUUAAAACCAGAAAUGUCGCUGUAAGCCUCACAUGCAGUGAAUUUCUACUCAUAAAUUACAGGAGGAGAAGAAUUGGAUCAGAUGGAAAAUUUUCUUGCGUUCAGAUUCUUGUUUACCGGGGGGAAGAUUGCUCACUUGUUAGCACAAAACAUAGUUUCCCAAUCUUUGUUUUAGGGAAAGAACUGAUGAAUGGAAUGAAACCCAACCUGAUUCAUGAAAAUUAAGAGACAUCAGAGCCAGACCUGGACAGGCCUGAACCCGUCGGGUCGGUUGGGGCUGAGUUGGUUUCAGACUGAGAUUGAAAGCUCUAACACACACAUACACACACAUUCACCAAGAUACACAAUUUUACAGCUAUUUUGCAAAGAUCAGUCCCACAGUUGCAUUGUAACUUAACCAGCCUCCUCUGUCUUCUGGAGGCAGUCAUGAAAACAAAAAGCAACAUGUUCUUACAACAGCAAACGUGAUAGUAUGACUAUGUGCAAUACAAAAAAAUACAUUAUAUAUAGUUUUCUAAACACUUAAUAUCCUUUUGAACGUUUAGUACUGAAAUGUACAAAUAUAUUGGUUUAUAUAUAUUUUCUUUUUUCAGUUACAACAUGCUGCUUAUUAUUGUGGUUAAUAUUAUUUACAUUAUUAUUAUAAUUGUUAUAACGUGUACCUGUUUUCAUUUGUUGUGGCUUAAAGAAGUGUUGGCUUAAUUGCCGAGUAUGCUUGGGUUUUGAAAGUAAUGAGCUUUGUGCCUUUCUUAUUGAAUGUUGGAGUGUGAGUCGCCGCUCGAUGACGAAGGAGACGACAGUGAUGAUCAGCGUUUGCAGAACAUCGGUGGUAGACUCUUCGCCUUCUGCAGACAGGCUGGCCCUGGAUGCAGGAGAGGAGGGUGUAAAGGAUUCUGCUUCAGAAAGAGAUGCAAGAGAGUAGAUACAAGUUAGAAGAAGAGGUGGAGCGAGGCAGGUUGGCUUCAGGAAAUGUAAUUUGAAAAAAAAAAAGAAUGAAUAGCUUUCUCUAUUUUACAAAACUGCAAAUGGCUAAACUUCAACAAAGAGUUAGUGUUUGGUACAUUUUCUUUAUUUAUCCGAAAUGACCACAAGUUUGAGUGUUGUGUAACUCUGUACUUUUACUACAGACCUGUACUAUGUUCUGUAUUAGAGCUCUGCUGCCCAGCAGACGACACUAUCACCCAGUACCUUCUUGCUUAUUGACAAUCAGUGAACAGUGCUCUCUUUGUGUCAAACUGAACGGUUCCAACAGUAUUCUGAAUUUGACUUAACGACUGGGAAUGCUAAAGAAGUCAGAACUUCUCUGAUGCAUAACUGGCAGAAUGAUGGAAAAUGUGUGGAUCAGAUUUGUUACAGAAGAUUUGAUUGUUUUGUUUUUUUCUGUAAAUGUGCCUUGUUUUUUCUAAAGUGAGCAGCACAAUCUUAAACGAUUGCCUUCUUAUUACUGUCUCCUUUUCACAGACCUCUUUUACCUGUUAUUGUUGUUGAUCUGGGGAAGUUGACAUUUCACAUUCACACUGGCUUUGUUUACAUGCAUCUUCUUCUUAUUCUAGUCAGUAACUUACAGUAAAUAGAAUUAGAUAAGGCAUAAGUUGAGGGAAAGUGGGCAAAACAAGAAAUUACAACUCCUGCGCUCAAAGACUGAUAAGAUUUGUAAUCUGAAGUUGACUUUUUCCCUUAAGGUCACAUGGAAAUACCAUUUAGAUGCCACUUUUCUGUAACUCAAUGUAUUUCUGGUUGCAACAUAUUGUUUUAGGAAAGGGAAACAGGGUUCUCACCGCUGUAUAAUGUUGCAACUCAGGUCAUGUUAAAAUGUAUAAAACUGCUGGUUUUAUUUAAUUGAGGUGGAUUGUUCAGAUUUUGAAUUUCAUGUAACAGACAGACAGAUAUGUCGCAUGGAUACACAAAAAACCUAAUGUAAUCACUAUGUGAAAGAACUUUUUUUUUUUUUUUUUUUUGCUGUUUGUCAUGAAUGUGUUUAAUGGCGGCUUAAACUGGACUAAAGCCAGUAUCCUGCAUGUAAACAUAGCCAGUGUUGCCUGUGAGCUGCCCAGAUAAACCAGACUUCUACAGCGCAGCACCACUGGAUGGACCACCAUCAUUGAGAUUAAGGCAGACAGGUGUUGCUCUUUCACUCUUCCCCAUCCAGUUUUUCUUUGAGCUGGUCCACAUGUCUGACCAGACGUCCUUCCACUUCUCUAAACCUCUCAUUGACUGCGUUGCCAAUCUGCAUCGACCAGGACGGACUGCGUUGUGAAAAAUAGCUUUAUAACGAGAGCCGCAGCUCUCUGCAGAGUGUGUGAGUUCCACAAAGUGUGUGAGGUGUUUCCUGGAUGUGUUUUUGUUUUCUGUUUCUACGGUUAGAGAGUGAUGACUGACAAUCUUUGACUGACUUGAUCUGAUUUCUUCACGAGACUUACUUGUGUAUCCUUUUCAUUUUGUAUUUUUACUCUAAGGAGCCUCUUGUUGCCUUUGAUGCUCCUUAACGUAUGAUACAAUUCUGUUACUCUUGAAUUUAUAUUUAUACAGAUAUACAUAUUUUUUGUAUCUUUUUCCCCCCUUUUUUUUUCAAUUUCCCUUGUGCUAAUGUUCAAAAAUCCAUGUCUACACAGUAUUAUAGAUGAUGUAAUGUGGACAGCUAUCUCUUUUUUACAUUUAUGUAUGAACUGAGAAUUUGUAAAAAUGCUUUCACAGUCCUUGUGUGUAAAAUGUAUGUAUAAAUUAAAUUAACCAACUUGGAAGUGUGCUUUA